UUAGAGAGGAGGUUGUGAAACUGUCCCCGGAGGGAGGAGGAGAACCUCUUCAAAGUAGGCAUACCUUGAGGAGAUUUCGCAGUGGAGUAGGCAAAGUGUUUAAGAAGGAACUCUGAUCUUGGUAGUCGAGCCAGCCAGUCUUGUGUCUGAUGUCCCCCACAGCCCCGUGUAAACCACGAGCUGUGGAAAGUCAGCUGCCGCCCGCCAUUCCUUCAGCUGCGCGCAGCUUGUUUGGAGCGGUUUGUAAAGUAACCGCUGGAAGGCUGGUCGUCAGUGACACCAUGCCUCUGGUCCAGAGAAGCAGAGUACAGAUGAAGUGGACAGUUGGGGCAUUGCAACAUCUAUGUCCAACCAAGCUGGAGGUAAAACAGCUCAAAGGAACAACUCCCUAUUUUCCCCACACAGUUCAUUGGCUGAGUCUUCAAAACCCUGACGUAGAAAACCUCUGCUGAAGGAAGUCAGUGAAACAUUCUCCAGAAGAGAGAGUGUUCUCCAGUGAAUCCCUUUCCAUUGCUUCACAUUGAGUGUGUUCCAGCAGAGAGUGACUGUAGAGAAGGUGUCAGCGUGUGUGAGGAGGCUGUGUUACCUUUGCUGUGAAGAGUGAGCCUGGCUUUCUCCGUGUCUGUUCAGGCUUUGUACAGAUGGAGCUGGUGAUGAAAGGUCUGUGUUCAACCUGCCGCUGGGUCAGUCAGCAGCCGCAGGCAGACACUGCUGGGAUUGUGACUGUGGCAUUCUCUCAGCCCUUGUGGCCCUAGUGUGAACCGUGUGUUUCUCUCUCCUCUGAUGCUGCCUGACCUGCUGGGCAUCUCACCUUGGGUUUCAUUUCAGAUUCCCACGAUUUACCAUUUUUUGCUUUUCAACUAAUAUAGUCAAACCACUUCAGUGUUUAAUCAGUUAUUCAUUAAAAAUACAUAAGUCACUGACCAAGUGCUGUUACUGUCCUGAAUCUCCUGGAUCUGAGCCCACACAUCCACUGAUAGACUAGAUAUUGUUGUGUCUCUAGCGUGGGAUCUUUCUCUCUCUCACACCUACUGUUUGGCAUAGUUCUUGUGAAGUGUUGACAUUGCAUCAAGUUUACAGUGCGGCACGGUGGCGCAGCAGGUAGAGCCGCUACCUCUCAGUGCCAGAGACCCAGGUUUGAUCCACACCUCGGGUGCUGUCUGUGUGGAGUUUGUAUGUUCCCCUGUGACCAUGUAGGUUUCCUCCCAUAGUGUUUCUCUAAGUGUGGAGUGACCUCACACUGCAGGAGGAGUGAGUGUCUGCCUCGACCUGUCGAGUGGAAACUGUAACCAUGGAGACAUGGCUCCAGUGAACGUGGUUCCCCGACGACAGACAAUGAAUUGUGUUUGUGGGAGAUACAUGAGUGGCUCAGUCAAUGCACUGCCCAAUGUCUGACCCUCAGGCACAUUGCAGGAGCACUGUCUGGGAUAGCACAGUGCACUGUCUGUGGGAUCGCACUGUGCACUGUCUGUGGGAUCGCACUGUGUAUUGCACUCGCCACUGACUGGGAUGGAGCCAAGCGCAGAGAUGGAGGUGUUUGAUGUUUGCAGGGUUGCUCUGACAACCGGCUUGUCCACAACCAACACCUUCCCUCUCCUGCCGUCGCCGAGCAACCACAAACAACAAGCAGGCUCCCCCACCACAGGCAGUGAAGGAAUAAGGACGGGAAGAGAGAAAUAGAAUGAACUCCUGUAAAUUCCCAGAACUCUCCUGAGGUUGAGAGAAGGUUGCUCCAAACCGCUGCUGCACCUCGCACUGUUGAGGUCUGAUCGUCACCCUGAGAUUGGAAAUUACCAGAGGAUGCAGGGUGCAGGGCCGCCCUUCAAUAAGGAUCCCCUGGAGCUCGCAGUUGAAGAUGUCUACGACAUCUCCCACCAGCUCGGUUGUCAGUUCAGGGAAGUGAACAGCUCGCAAAGUUCCAUGGCAGUUUUUGACUUGCAGUUCCAGAUCGUCAGAGUGUUAAAAAUGCUUGAGAGUCUGGUGAGCCAAAGUUCCGUCAGCCUGGAGGAGCUGAGACUGGAGCGGGAUGGACUGAAGGCAGAAGCAGAAACACUUAUCGGAGAACUGCGGAGUAAAGCCACUGACCCUGUGCAGGAGCAAAACAUUGGAGCGGCCAAGUUCAUCAUGAACCUGAAGGAUCCGAACUGCCCGCGGUUCACCUUGCAGGAACUGAGUGAAGUGCUGCAUGAACGUAACCACCUUAAGGCUCAGCUACUGACCACCCGCGCAGCCAUCCAGUGCUACCAAAGUGCAACGAUCACUCAAGCUGAGGAAGGAGACGGUGAACCAUGUCCUAAUGAUGGAAGUGGAUGAAGUACAUUCAUAGAGUCACGCAGCAAGGAAACAGGCCCUUCAGCCCACCAUAUCCACGCAGGCCAACAAGUACCCAUUCAUAUCAAGCCUAUUAUCCAACACAGCCCAUAGCUCUGUACACCCCGGUGUGCGAGUAUCUGCCAUCACUACUCGCUCUGAGUUCCAAGUUUCAAUCAUCUCAUGGGGGAAAAAACAAUUCUGUCUCAAAUCCCCUCUUAAUAUUACACCACUGACAAUAAAUGUGUCCUGGGGUCCUUGUUUGGCACAGACAUUGUGGGCCAAAGUUCUGUUAUCUUAGGGAUUUUUACAGCAUUCUCCACAGUAAAGGCAAAUGCAAAA